AUGAGCGCCCAGGCAACCUGGGAGGCGCCAAUUGCCAGGCUGACUUAUGUUGUGUUUGGGAUUUCAUACAACAAGAACUGGUCGAGCUAUUCCGAAAUGAAAACGGCACAUGCAAUGGACUUGCUCGAGCCUCAUUCCGAUGAGAUCCAGCGACCCGAGAACGAUGGCCUUCAAGGUGUUCGAACUAAGGCUCUGCAGCUGCUAAGUAAAUAUUCAGGAUAUGGCAUUGGGGCUGCCGAUCUGGUGCAGUUCAUGCAUAACGUCGCCACAGUGACCUGUCCUUUGGGUCCCAAGUUGUUGACUUUGAUUGGACGCCAUGAUCGUGAUGAAGCAAACCUUCCUGGCCUCAUACCAAGUAACAACGCGUCGGAUCCAGCUUUCCUGAUUGAAUUAUUUCAGAACAAAACCAUUACACCCCAAGGCCUUGCCGCACUUCUCGGAGCGCAUACAGUUGCUCAGCAGUUCUAUAUUGAUCCUUCUCGUGCGGGUCAGCCGCUUGAUUCAACACCAGGAGUAUGGGAUACGAAUUUUUACCGUGAGAUGGCAUUGACUGAUCCGCCCCGCGGCGUUUUCCGACUUCAAAGCGACGCAGCGAUUUCUCAGGCUAACGGCAUCUCCUCACGUUUUCAAGCAUUCACAGAUGAGACUUUUGGCCAAACAGUCUGGAAUGCACAGUAUUCUGCGGCAUAUGUGCGUCUCAGCCUUCUUGGUGUCAACAACAUCAACCAGCUGACCGACUGCACCAAAGUGCUUCCCGAUGCCAUAACGUCGUUUUCGGCAUAG